AGAGCCAUUCCCCGCCACUCCCAGCUGCCACAACGGAUAACUAAGCUCAGCAAUCGCAGGAGCACAGACACAAACGAGGAACACGAAACCAGAGGAAACAUAGAAAAGAUUGCGAAGAUGCAAGCUUUCCUCUCUUCCUCGAUCCUUACGAAUCCGUGCCCCCGAUCGCUCUUCCCACGUCCAACGACGCAAUCUCGGCUCCUCCUCUCCUCGGUUACGGGAGCUAGGACGAGUGCUGCCACCGCAAGAAGAUCCGUGCAGGGCGAUGGGUCGGCCCGGUGCGUGGUGACACCGGCGUCGUCGUCCCCGGCGGUGGCCGCGGCGGCGACGGAGGUGCCCGAGAAGAUGAAGGCGUGGGCCUACGACGAGUACGGAGACGCCGGCGUGCUCAAGCUCGACGAGGCCGUGUCGGUGCCACCGGUGGGCGAGGACCAGGUGCUGGUCAGGGUAGCGGCGGCGGCGCUCAACCCCGUGGACUCCAAGCGGCGUAUGGGCAAGUUCAAGGCCACCGACUCCCCACUCCCGACUGUGCCAGGGUACGACAUGGCCGGCGUCGUCGUCAAGGUCGGCAGCCAGGUGAAGAACCUCAAGGAAGGCGACGAGGUGUACGGCCACAUCAGCGAGAAGGUCCUGGAGGGCCCCAAGCAGUACGGUUCAUUGGCAGAGUACACCGCCGUCGAGGAGAAGCUGGUUGCUGUCAAGCCCAAGAACAUCGACUUUGCACAGGCAGCAGGUCUGCCGCUCGCCAUCGAGACCGCCCAUGAAGGCCUCGAGAGGGCUGGCUUCUCGGCCGGGAAGUCCAUCCUCGUGCUGGGUGGCGCCGGUGGAGUAGGGUCCCUUGUCAUCCAGCUGGCAAAACAAGUUUUUGGCGCAUCCAAGGUGGCGGCUACAGCUAGCACCCCAAAGCUCGAGCUUCUGAAAAGCCUAGGAGCCGAUGUGGCCAUCGACUACACCAAGGAAAACUUCGAAGAAUUGCCCGAGAAGUAUGAUGUUGUGUUCGACGCAGUCGGUCAGGGUGACAAGGCCGUCAAGGUGGUGAAGGAAGGAGGCAGUGUAGUUGUCCUCACCGGCGCGGUCGCUCCGCCAGGGUUCCGCUUCGUGGUGACCUCUGAUGGCUCUGUCUUGACGAAGCUCAACCCUUACCUCGAGUCCGGGAAGGUGAAGCCAAUCGUUGACCCAAAGGGGCCGUUCCCAUUCUCCCAGGUUGUGGAGGCAUUUUCUUAUCUUGAGACUGGGAGAGCCACUGGCAAAGUAGUUAUUUCACCGAUUCCAUGAGACCUGUAAAUGGCAGGAACUGCUCCUUGAACAUGUGAGAGCCACUGUGAGCGUAUGGAGUGUAUCAAAUAGGCUACAGUAAAGUUCAUUUCUCAUAGAGGGUAUACAUUGCGCCGAACCACUGAUAGGUGUGCAGUUUGAUUCGAAGAAACAUACAAUACAGGGAGAUUGCUCUGUGUUC